AUGUCGAGUAAAAUAAACGAAGCGGCAUUUCCAGCUGGAGAAGAAAGCGACGAUAGCGACGAUGCGUGGGAUAUAGGAUGUUCUGAAAAACACACGCACGCGCCACCAGUCACCUCCUUACCAGAAGAUAAGAUAUCAGUUUUUAAGGACGCUAUAACUUCAGGAGAUGUUCAACUGGUUGAAAAUCUCUUGAACUCUGGUAUGGCUGUAGAUGUUCGCUUUGGGUUUGGAUGGACCCCACUUAUGUGUGCAGCUAAUGCUGCUCAUUUUGAGCUGGCACAGGUCCUUUGUAACAGAGGAGCAAGUGCAAACUUCAGUAAGGAUCAGUAUACAGUCUUGAUGGCUGCAUGCACAGCUUCAGCACCAGAAGAGAAAAUCAUCAAGUGUGUAGAACUGCUGUUGUCUAGGAAUGCGGAUCCUAAUGUUUCUAACAAUUCCCGUAUGACUCCUCUAAUGUUUGCUGCUAGAGAUGGGCACAAACACGUCAUAACGAUACUAGUUUCCCAUGGAGCAGAAUUAAAUAGCCAGGAUAGAAAUGGUUAUACAGCACUCAUGUAUGCAGUUCAGUAUGGACGAGAAGCUGCAGUUUUAAAGUUGAUUGAACUUGGAGCUAGCAUAACGACUAGAACUAAAGAAGGGAAGAUGGCAGCUGAUAUUGCUAAAAUGCACAGGCAUUCUCAGAUUUCAGCAAUUCUUGCCUCGCCACAAAGUCACAGGGGAAAGCCUGAACCCUUGUCCAAGGAGGAGACGCUCUUUAAGUUUUUUAAAAGAGAUCCUGAGCCAACACCAGACCCUAGCGAAAGUUGCUGUAAAUUUGUUGGUGACAUGGAGCUGCUUUUACAUGGCCUCAAGUUAGAGCACCUUACGGAAACAAUGUUGGAAAAUGACAUAUCCUGGACCAACCUACUGGCGAUGGAGAAGGAAGACCUAGAAAAGAUUGGCAUCACAAACCCAGAAGACCAGAAAACGGUUUUGACUGCGAUUAAGGACAUGCAGUUGGAUAAGGUAGAACUAGAACAGUUCACACAACUAGGAAACUUUGAUCACAGCAGUGAAGAACUUUACAAUUUCCUGAUCAGUCUAAGGCAGCAAUGCAGUUACUUGACAGAGACUGUUCAGGAUGUAAUAAACAAGCUGCCAAGGAGUGCAUGUGAGCUGGUACUGGAUUGGGAUCCUAAAAUGCAAUCGCAGUACAUUUGUGAUGAGUUGGUUGAGCAAAUUGGGGACCUGCACAAAGAGGCGACUUGCUUAAGUAACUUGCUGAACCAGAUGAAUCAGAGAGACGACCCCUGCAGAGUGCCAUCUACUGUAGCUUGUUCUGAUCAGAACAGAAGAAUCCUGAAAAUAGCAGGGGGCUUGUUUGGAAUCGGAUUGCUCUUUUUUUAUGCUUUAAAGAAAGCUUAA